AUGGCAAGUUGGUAUGCCUCAAUUUACCCACGUCGCCAGGGCAGACAGACUGACCUGUUUCUUCGUCCCAGCUUCGAGACACAAGAGCUCUCGGCCAAGAUGACUCCGACUUCGCUUUCCAUGACCAGCCCAAUGAAGUCGUCUUCUCGUCGGUCAGUCGCCUCAUUGGCCUCUCGUCUGUUGCUGUUGUACGAGUCAAACGAGUCCCUUUUUUUCCUCGGAUGCACCAUAGUCGUCGCUUUUGUCACGGUGGCAACAAUCUGUAUCGGUCAACAGAACGCAUUAUUCGCCAGCUUCAGAAACGAGCAUUUGGUGAGGUCUGAAUGCCUGCAUCUUCUGCUGACAUACGCCUAA